UUAUAUUACCAAGUUGUUCAUACUUCUCCAACGUUCCUUUCAUUUUCUUCACCCGGUUCUCUUCUGCUCCUCUCUCUUCCAGCGUUCUUGUUUUUCAUUAUUUUAACCUUACCAUCUCUCUGCUGCUUACUCCCGUAAUUUUCAAAUCUUACUGUUGUUUACUUGUUUAUCCUUUCCCAAUUUCAUUUCCCUUUUGCAGUUAAUGACUGCAUGUCUGUUCUUAAACUUCGUCUGCUUUCGAGACUCCCCACCCACCCAACCUGGGAUGCUGUUCUUUCUUGAGCUCUGUAACUCCACCACCAAGCUCCAGAACUCCAAUGUUUCUGGCUUGAAACAGAUUCUUUUGCACCACAUCUGAUUUGAGUUUUCUUUCCUUUUCUUGAGCUAUCCUGCCAAGCUAAAUCCGUGGGAGGGAUAGAAAGGGGGGGAAAAAAAGACUCGGCUAUUAACAGGCUGUUGCCUAUUUUUGCUACGCUGAUUCUCCAGAUCAGCUCGCUGUUGCCUCUUCACUUGGCAUCACUUUAUCCUUUUCUUUCCCAACUGGAUUUCAACUGCACUUCUGUAUUUGGGUGUUCCCUACUUUUUUCACAGCAACCUUAAAGCCCUCUCCUUUACCUUUCCUUUUCCAUUGUUGUUUUUGUUUUGUUGGUUUUGUUUCCAUCUUGACGUUGAUAUCACUUUUUUUGCCUCACACCCAUUUGAGCAAUCCCCUUUUGGCAUCAAACCCAGUUUUCUGAUUUUGGCAACUCAACUGGGAUUUCUAUCUGUGUUUGGGGAGAUGGGUUUGGUAUCGUUGCUUCUUAGGUUAGUUGCCCUUUUCUCAGUGUUAAGUGUGGGAAGUGGCAUAGGUGCUAACUGGGGCACACAAGCAACUCACCCUCUAAACCCUGAAAUAGUAGUAAAGCUGUUGAGGGAUAAUGGGAUCCAAAAGGUCAAGCUUUUUGAUGCAGAUUAUGAUACCCUUAGAGCCCUGGGGAAGUCUGGGAUUGAAGUCAUGGUUGGCAUCCCAAAUGAUAUGCUUGCUCCUCUGGCUGCCAAGAUGAAGAAUGCUGAGGAAUGGGUUUCCAAGAAUGUCUCCAAGCAUAUCACCACUGAUAAUGUCAACAUCAGAUACGUUGCUGUAGGAAACGAGCCCUUUCUGCAAACAUACAAUGGAACCUUCCUCAGCACGACCUUACCAGCCCUCCAGAACAUCCAAUCCGCACUCAUAAAAGCUGGGCUCAGCAGCCAAGUGAAGGUUACCGUCCCUAUGAACGCAGACGUCUACGAGAGCGCAAACAGCCUCCCAUCUGGCGGCGACUUCCGUCAGGACAUCCACGAAUACAUGCUCCCCAUCGUCAAGCUGUUGAGUGACACUGGCUCGCCAUUCACCGUCAACAUAUACCCUUUCAUAAGUCUCUACAUCGACUCCAACUUCCCCGCCGAGUACGCUUUCUUCGACGGCAAUGCGUCCCCAGUAAAUGACGGUGGAACAUACUACUACAACAUGUUGGACGCCAACCUCGACACUUUGGUCCACACCUUGCAGAAAAAUGGGUUCGGCAACAUGCCGAUUAUCAUCGGAGAGAUCGGGUGGCCAACCGAUGGUGAUCGGAAUGCCAAUAUGGAGUACGCUCGCCGGUUCAAUCAGGGCUUCAUGUCACGUAUAGCAGGUGGGAAAGGAACUCCAUUGAGGCCAGGGCCAAUUGACGCAUAUCUAUUCAGCUUGAUCGAUGAGGAUGCCAAGAGUAUUGAUCCGGGGAACUUUGAAAGGCACUGGGGGAUAUUUACGUACGAUGGACAGCCAAAGUAUCUGCUCAACCUCGGGACGACAAACUCUGGCCGGCUGCUUCCAGCGAGAGGCAUUCAGUACCAGGAGAACAAAUGGUGUGUGAUGAGGCCUAAUGCGAGGCUUGAUGAUCCUAGCGUGGCGGCAAGCGUUAGCUAUGCGUGUAGCCUUGCUGACUGCACUAAGCUAGGUUAUGGCACUUCAUGCGGGACUUUGGAUGGCAAGGGAAACAUUUCCUAUGCGUUCAACAGUUACUUCCAGAUCAACAAUCAACUAGAUGAGGCCUGCAAGUUUCCGAAUCUGUCGAUGAUCGUGAAAACAAACCCUUCACAAGGAACUUGCAGGUUUGAUGUAAUGAUCCAGCCAUACUAUGGAGGUGCUGAUGGAAGGCUACCUAAACAACUGGGCUUAGUUGCUGCCUUUGCUCUCUUUUUGCUGACAUUUCUGUGAAGUUUAGAGGCUCCUACUUCCUAGAGGUAUCCCUUUUCCUCAUUACGACUAUUCUUUUUUGUAGGAUGUAGCAUACAGAACUUCUUGAGUGGUAGUUUAGAUAAUUUGUGAGUGGAAAUAGGCACGUUUGUUUAAGUUGGCUACUUUGCAACGAGGGGUGGAUCUGUGUGGGCUGAUACUGUCAGAUCUCGGCUCGUUUACAGCUAUUGGAUCAAUGAAUCGCCCCGCGUGUUGAUAAGCAUUGGAUCAACAUGUGGUGAUGUUUUGUGAAUAACGCCUCAGGCAUUGGUCUGACGGCUGUAAAUGCAUCGGGGCUGGGGGUAUCUGACAGUUCAGUCCAUGCAGACCCACCCCUUGACUGCAGGGUAACCACACACUGUCUUGUUUAGCAAGUAAACUCAAUAGCUUCUCACUUUCUUAUGUAUGCUUGAUAUUAGCAACAAUACAUAUGCAGAUUGUGGUUGCACCUGAAGUCUAAUUAGGCGGUGUGAAAGCUGGACGCCAGUGGAAGGGCUGCAUGGAAAAUGCUGGCUAUUGGAGCUAUAUCAUGCGUAGGGCUCAUGUUCAGUAGCACCUUUAGCUGCUCCUUGCAUUGUGUGGCUUUAUGAGCAAGUUUUGAGCCGAUGAACAUACUUUGGUGCUCUCCAUUUUUACAUUUGGCCCCGUGUUGGUCCUUCAAUGGGAGGAUAUGUAGCUUCUCCAUGACUUUGCAGUAGUGUGGCCUAAUGACUUGUGAAUUUUUGUUUUGGCCAAGAUCAAUUGCACAGAUGAUUAACGAAAUCUACCCGGUUUGCAGUUGCAGUUACAUAUCUUUCCUAUAUAGUCAUAAUGAAUUUACACCAAGAAG